AUGGAGGACGCGACGUCGAUGUCCGCCGAUGAGCUGCGAGCGGCGAUCGAGGACGAACGGCGGCAGGCGGAAGCCGAGGAGGCCAGGUUUCCGCAGCUCCAGGCCGAAACCGAGCAGGCCAGGGAGCGGCGGAGACUGCGACAGGAGCUUCACGAUCUGAGGUGCAGGCGUUCUGCUGCCAUGUUCCGCAACGAUAACGAAAUCGCUGUACGACGUUUGAUUGACCGUGAAAGGCCUGGACGCGAAACUCAAACUGGGCGCCCUUCCAAAAAGCCCCGUGUAAUGCAGGCACGAGGUGGCGAAAGCGCCAAAUUCGGGGACAGGGUGGCCAAGGGCGAGUAUCUGUGGAGAAUCGAAGGCUUCUCCUGGGUGCCAAGUGCCAUCGCGCAGGGCGAGGUCUGGAGCUGGGAUUGGGUGAGAUCUGCAUCGGCCUUUGAGCUUGGUGGCCAGAUGUUCGAAUUUCGUUACAGCCCAUGUGUACAACUGCUUCGUGCGGGGUAUCGGGGGUCUCUCGCCAUCAUGCUUUGCAGCGAGGAACGUGUUGCGCUUCGGUAUCGCAUCUACGUCAUGGCCCGGAACGGGGAGUUCGUGCAAUGGGGCCAGACAUGUGAGGUCGUCCAUUCGGGAAACACGUGGCUACCGUACGGCCCCGAUGUGCAUGAAAGCAAUAAUCCUCCUCCUUCUCUGGGCAUCUUCGGGCUGAGCCACGAGGAGCUGCUGCGGUCUGAUUGGGUGCAGAACGACACGCUGACCGUGAAGUUCGAGCUCGAAGUUCGUCUUCACGGAAAGGCAACAAAGCAGUGCCUGAGCCUUGCUGCAGAGGUUCCUGAGCCGACCAUUAUCAAGGACACACGGGCGCUCUUGGAGGAGGGCACCUGCAGCGACGUCAGGUUCAUGGUGCAGGACGAGGUGAUCCAGGCGCACUCCCAGAUUCUGUGUGCGCGAUCCGAGGUGUUCAGGAAGCAGCUGACGGGAGGCAUGCAGGAGAGCGUCUCGAAAAUCGUCAAUAUCGAGGACUGCGAUGCCGACAUCUUCAAGGCCUUUCUGCACUUCCUCUACACCGAUAGUUUUCCAGAGGUCAAGGACUUCAUUCCGGCCGAGACCUCAAGCAACGACGAGGCAGAGAGCGGCAGCCCCACGCUAUCGCGGAUUGAGGCGCUUCUGGCCGUCAGUCACAAAUACGGGGUCACACGGCUUCAGCUGUGGUGCGAAGCGACCCUUUCCGAAGCAAUCAACACUGCGGAGGUCUGUGGCAUCCUCUGCCAGGCGCAUCUCUUGCAGGCGAAGCAGCUGGAGAGGGCAUGUCUCUCCUUCAUCAAAGACCAUGCCAGCCAGGUGCUCACUCUGCCGAGCUAUGUCGAGAUGCUCAAGCAGUGGCCUCAGAUCGGGGUGAAAGUCACCCUCUUCUCGGCUGGCGUGUCCGACGCAGAGCUGUAA